CAAUGAAUAGUUACUUCUAAAUAAAUGAAUAGAUUUCAUAGACAGAAAACAUUAUCUUACCAGAUGACACUCCCAUGAAGAAUAAACCAAACAUUAUUACAACAAUGAAGGCCACCUGGAUUACUUUUCUUCCAUAUGCUUUUAUUAAGUAAAUUACGUAACCUGCCAAUAUUUAUUUCAUUGUUAUUGGCAUAUUAUAGAUCAUUCCUGCCACUUCUUAUACAAAUGGUGUUCCAACUAUUUAUGGACCUUUGGCAAUGAUGAUGAGUAUAAGUAUUUUGAAAGAUGCCAUAGAAGAAUAUUCGAGGUUAGAACUCUAAUUAAAAUAGAUAUAAAUCUGAUCAAGAAGAGAACAAUCGUAAAUCACAUAAAUACUUUGAAAAUUAGUUUAUAGAAUGCAAUUGGAAGGAUAUCUAUUAAGCAGACAUUAUAUUGGUCAUGGAAAAUGAAAGUAUUCCAUGCGAUAUCUUGAUAUUGUCAUCUAGUUACUAAGGAGGUAUAGCAUAUGUGGAGACUAAGUAAAUUGAUGGUGAGACAAAUUUAAAAUAAAAAUAUUCAAUCUAUGAUUUAUAAUAAAGAUACCAUAUAGAUAAUGCAAUAAACUUUGUAUUUAUAUAGUAAUUAAUCACAAGGAGAAAAAUAACAAUGUAAAGUUUGUAUACGAUUAGAAGAACCCAAUACUGUAUAAACUAUCAGGAACCUAUCAAAUUAGUAAUUCUUAAGUGGAUUCAUUAAAUUAUGGUAACUUUAUUGAAAGAGGUUGCAUGCUCAAAAAUACAGAGUGGAUAAUAGGCUUGUGUAUUUACAGUGGCAUGAACUGUAAAAUUAUGUUGAAUUGCUCUCAAGAAAGGACGAAGAGAAGUAGAUUAGAAUAGUAUAUGAGAAUCUGUAUCAUUUCUAUAUCAAUCAGUUUGGUAUUGUUUUGUCUGAUGUCCUCUAUUUAUGAAUUCAUAUGGACAAACAAUCAUCUUAAUUAUACCUAUUUGGGACUAAUAAGAGAUGACGUAUUCAUUGAUUUUGGAUUAUGGUUUUCAUUGCUUUCAUACUUCAUACCAAUAUCUCUGGUAGUAAAUGUGGAAUUAGUCAAGUUUGGUUAAGCGAAGAUGUUGGAGUCAGACAAAGUAAUGCCAAAUUCAAAAUCACAUCAAUCUAAUUUGAUUGAAUAAUUAGGAGAAAUCAAUAUAGUUUUCACUGAUAAAACAGGUACAUUAACUAAAAAUUCUAUGCAAUUUAGAGAACUAUUUGCUUAAAAUGAAAAAGAAGCCUUAUUGUGCAUGAGUUUAUGUCAUUCUGUUGUAAAAUCAAAAAAUAAAUUGAUAGGAUCUUCACCUGAUGAAUUAGCAAUAUUAGAAUAUUGUGAAUAAAGAGGGUAUAUAUUUUAAGGCAUCGAUAAUAAUAAUCAUCUUACCAUAAACAAAACUCAAUUCCAUAGAGUGAUGAAUUUUGAUUUUAGCAGUGAAAAAAAGAGAAUGACCAUUGUAGUCAAAACAGGAAAUGAAUAUGUGUUAUUUUGCAAAGGUGCAGAUGAAGUAUUACUUGAAUUAAUAGGAGAAUGCAAACAUUAACAGGUAAUUCAUCAAUUCGCAAUUCAAGGAUACAGAACAUUAAUGUUAGGCAGAAAGACAUUCACUUAAACUCAAAUGGACAUAUACUUGGCAGAGUAUCAUUCUUUAUUAAUUUUAUAGAUAUAAAAAGGCAUAAGAAGACAAAGAUGAAGAGAUGAUGAAUAAUUUACAAAAGAAACUUGAAUUGAAUUUGGAAUUUCUAGGAAUUACAGCUGUUGAAGACUUGUUAGCAGAUGAUGUAGGAUAAACUAUUUCAGAUUUAAAGUCAGCUGGAAUCAAAGUUUGGGUUCUUACUGGGGAUAAAGUUGAAACUGCUAUUUCAAUAGGAUAUUCAUGCAAUCUAAUUGACAGCAAGGAUAUGCUCUAAGUAGUUACUGAAAUUACAGUUGGAAGUAUUGAGGAGGUGUUUUUGCACUAUUGCAAUGAAUCAGCUAAUAUUGCAUUGGUACUUAGUGGAUAGGCAUUGACAGUAAUGUUGGAUAAUCCACAACUUAAAUCAAUGCUAAUCAAGAGAGCUUUCUAUGCUAAAGUAGUCAUAGUGGCUAGAGUGUCUCCAAAACAAAAACAAUAAGUUGUAGCUUUGGUUAAAGAGAAUCUCCCCAAGGCUUAUACUUUGGCUAUAGGAGAUGGAGCUAAUGAUGUUUCAAUGAUUAAUGAGGUAAUUUUGAUCAUUUAUCUCAAAGGCUCAUGUUGGUGUGGGAAUUUAAGGAGUCGAAGGAACCCAAGCUGCAAGGGCUGCUGACUUUGCAAUCCAAGAAUUCAAGCAUCUUAAGCGAUUAAUGUUUUAUUAUGGGGUUGAGUGUUCAAGAAGAAAUGCACUUACCAUUCUAUACAUUUUCUUUAAGAACUAGGUCUUCAUCACUCCCUACUUUUGGUUUGGAUUCCUCAAUGGUUUCAGUGGGUAAUACUUAUACGAUCAAUGGCUAUCUUCAUUGUUUAACACUGUUUUUGCUGCUCUCCCUUAGGUGCUCUAUGCUCUCUUUGAUGAAAUGCAUCCCUCUUCAGAAUAUUUACAAUGGAGUAAAACUUAGCAUAAUUUGCUGGAGGAUAAACCAGAUGUAUAUGUUUAAUUUAGAUAAUAACCAAUUUUUACAAUUAUUAAGUUCUGGCUCUGGGUUUUUAAUGGAAUGGUUCAAGGCUUGAUCAUAUUUCUAGUCUGCACAUUUUCGACAGAAAACUAAAACAUGGAUGAUGGUAUGACAAUGGAAUUUUUUGAAGAUGGAGUAUUUAUAUACGGAAUAGUCAUUAUUCUUGUUAACCUUAAGAUCUUCACUUUUACUUAUACUAAUUAUAACUUCACCAUAUUUUUCAUCGUACUAUCAAUUCUUGUUUAUUGGCUAAUAUUGAUUAUGGUGAAUGACCAUGAAUUGUCUCCAUCAUUUAACUUCUAUAGAUAUCUAGCCUCGUAUAUAUUUCAUUCUAUAUUCUAGACCACAACUAUAUUUAGCACUAGCUUUAACUUUUAUGCUAUUUUUAUUUGAUCUGGCAAUUGAGAGAUUUUAUGAUUUUUAAAUCUAUGUUCGAAAACCGGAAUCAAUAGAAUUAGUUUGA